GACCAUGAAAACAAUGGUUGUUUGAAUCCUAGGGAGGUGUGUGGAUGACACGUGAACUGGCAUGACUUAGCAUGACCGGUGUGGCCGAGGUGCAUUGAAGUACUCGAUCGCCCGGGGGCCAAAGGGGUGGCCGACCACGGGGAUGGACCAACUGGCGUCGUGUCAAGUGUCAAGCGAGUUGGGUGGUUUACAGUAGCCGCAGCUGCUUAGUCCCUCUAAAAGGAGCAGUUGAUACUGCAAAUGCUUCGCUGGCAUUGCAGCAUUGCAUAUGAUAUGCCGCUCCAGUUCUUUAAAUGCAUUGAGCACCUGCUCAGGUAUCUUCAAAAAAUCGCUCUUGUUUUAACCGAUUGAGAACUAACCGGACUGCACGACGUUUUUCCGGUGGGAGAGAUUUGGUUCGGAGCCCCAUGGAAAACCCAUUAGGCACCUUCAGGUCCACUGAGAACUCUCCCUCACCGCUGGUGUCCCUCAGACGGAAAGGGAGUCCCUGCAGGCACCUUUGCGACAUGAAGGUGUAUGCUCUUCCAUGCUGAUGCAUUUGUUUUAAUUCUUAAAAUUAUGAUGAUGUAGAGCCCGCAGAGCCUUCUAGAAUGAAUAUCCGGAAUCUCGGUCGCUUUGGUUCACCUGCUGUCAAUCCUUUUGCGUGAAAUCCUCCAAACCCCGGAUGCACCAGGUACGUAUCAGCACGGUGGACAGAGGUUUGGAUAUGGACAAGCCCUACGAGGACGCUGGUAUCCAAGAAUCGGUCGGCAGUGGCUUUUUGGUGGAUGACAAUUCGACCAUGCAAACUGGAGACGAUUACACGAUUGUUACCAAUGCUCAUGUAGUGCGUGGCUCGGACAAGGUGCGCGUGCAGUUUCCUUCUCUGGGCCGGCACCUUUUUGACGCCACCGUGCCCAUGAUUUGCUUCCAGUUUGACUUGGCGAUUGUGAAGUUGAAGGAUCCACUGGAGCUGAAAGAAAAGUUGAAGAAAGCAGAUGUGACUCUGUUACUGUUGAAGCUACAAGCACGAAAUGUGAAGAUGGGCAUGCGUGUGGCAGCCUUGGGCUUUCCCUUAGGGAGCCAGUGGCUGAAGCUCAGCGAGGGAGUGGUUUCUGGAGCAGAGGUGGUCGAAGACAAUAUGGUCUAUCAGAGCACUGCGCCGAUCAGUCCGGGCAACAGUGGAGGCCCCUUGCUGGUGUUCCGCAGCCUCCUCCGUUCAGCAGACGAUGAGACAUCGAAACCGAUGAAGCCCAUGCUGGACACGGUGGUGGGCGUGAACUUUGCCUCCUCAGCGUCGAAAUCGGCGCAGAACUUGAACUACGCAGUCCCUGCCUUUCGCAUUGUGCAAGUCUUGGCGGCCUAUGCCAAAAUGAGUCGCAACCAGACAAUCUCACUGGAGGCCCUGGACGAGUUUGGACGUGGCACCAGGCAGCACAUGGAGUUUCGCAUUGCACCGGUGGGUGUGGUCUACACCCAAGCCACGCAGGCCCAUUUGCGGAGGACGGGAUGCAGAAGUGGCGUCCCCUUGGAUCGCUUCCUCCCUUUCUCCCUCUUCCGCUGGGCAGAGCCUCCCAUUCCACCGGGCAGCUUCCUUUUGACGGUGGAUGAGACUGAGCUGGACACCUUCGGAAUGGGCAAGCGAUUUGACUUUAUGCAGCAGUAUGUGAGUUUCAAAGACCUCUUGACCUUUCGCUCUCAUCUGGAUCGGGAGGUCUCUGUUACCACAUGCAUGGACGGAGAAAAGAAGCAGCACAGAUUGAGCCUGAAAUGGAACACUAGCCGCUUCGAGGGGGGCAUCCGCUAUCUCUAUGAACCCAACUUUGACCAAACGGCCAAGGACUACGAAUGGUUCGCCGGCGUGACGCUGGUCCAGCUGACACUCAACCACAUCGAUGCGUGGAUUGGUAUGAUGGGCGGCGAGACGCUGGGGCGCUUCUACCUUGAGGAGAAUACCAAGGAGCCACGUGUGGCGAUCACCUCCUGUGCAUCGGGCUUCAGCUGUGAAGAGAUCGUCAGUACUGGGAUGAUCGUGGAAAGUCUGAAUGGCUGUCCAGUGACCACCCUCGCGGAGAUCCGGAAGUGCUUCGAACCCAAGGGGGAGACGUGGCAGUUGGUCACCGAUCGAGGAGUCACGCUGAAUGUCGACUUCAUGGAGGAGCUCAGCCAAGCGGUGCGCCUCGUCCGUGAGGACCUCACCUUGCUCAGCAAGGCGGUGCGCGAUGCCGCGCUGAAGCUCAGCAACGGCUCCUCUUGGGGCUCGGAGAACAAGACGGAGACGAACAGCUCUAAGGUGAACUCCAGCGAAGCGGAGGAGAAGGGGAUCAAUGGCACGAAUGCCAGCAAGAUCAGCGAGGACGAGAGUGAUUUGAAGGUCGUGGUGGUUGCCCCACAUCGAAGACUGAUGCACCACGCGGGGAAUGAAAGCUCAUCGAACGCUGGAAAGACCGCAGUGGGCACUAUCGCCACCCAUCGGAACAUGCAGAAGAAACACAAGAAGCACAAAAAGAAGCAUCAUGUGAGAUCCAAGAGGCACCUGUCACCAGAUGGAGCGAGGGAGGCGCUGCCUACAGGAGCUUCCAAGGUGGAUGAAGGCCAAAACCAGACCAUCGGCUCGCGGCAUGUGGCGCCACAUGUGCCGCUUGCGCCGAUGGAUGAGGCGACGCCUAGCAAGGCUACGGCUAAGGCCAAUAAGGUCAGGGCCAAGGUGCAGGUCGGUAGCUUUGACAGCCAACACGCAUCAAUGACCGCGCUUUGAGAUCUUUGAGUAUGACUCCUUCUCGAAAGUGGUGCGAGAAAAAAGUCCGGUUGUUCUUGCACAGUUGAUCUUGG